AAGGUUGGGUUCAAAUGGAGUGGAAUCUGAGAAGUUCGAAGAAAAAAGUAUGCACCCCAGUCAACGAUUCUUCAUGUUUUCCAAUCUCGGUAGACUUCAGUACACUAAGUAGGGGUCGACUACAAGUUUAUUGUAAAGAGCUGGGUCUUCGUGCCACAGGAAAGAAUGUUGAACUUGUAGAAAGGCUGGAAGAGUAUCAUAAAAAAUCUUCAUUGAAAAUCGCUUGUAAUAAAGAAGAAACAAACAAGCCAGAAGAGAAAUCUGACAGUCUUGAGUCUCUUACAAAGACUGAUUUUACAGACAUGACCAAGAAUAUAGAAACAGACACCUCUGAAGAGAAAACAGAUAUGAUCCGUGGUUGGUGUGUGGUCCAUGGAGUGCAGUACUUUCCAGAAUCCAGCUGGGUUCCUUUGUUACUUCACAGAGGCUUGGUUUGUGUCCAGGAUGGAGAAAAUAUGGUCCCUUUUCAUCUAUCACCAUCGAAUAUUCCUGUACCUGAGGGAUUGUUGGACAACUAUGUCUGCGUGGACUGUGUGCUCAGGAACCAAGAGAAACCAGAGAAAGAUUCCAUAUGCCAGCAAAUCCAAGAGAAAAGUGAUACAGCUUAUACAUUCCAGACUGCUUUAAAAAAGAGGAAAACCACCUCUUCUUCAUUCCUUGCAACUGAUGGUGCUAAAGAAAAAAGAAGAACUAUAGAGAUUAGAAAGCUAUACCAGCCCCAAGAGGACCAGGCCUAUGCUCAGCGGGUGGAUGGGCUCCUUUCCAAGAUGGCCAAGGGAGAGCUUGGUAUGGAUCGAGCUUUGCGUCCUCUCCAGCCCCUCGUUGUUCACUCUCCAACUCCAUAUGAAAAAAUUUCACCUAGUGCUUUACAUGGGAUGGACUAUCUGGACCUUCAAAUUCAGAAAAAUUAAAUAGAAGAUCACUAAGACAAAGG